CGCGGCGGACGCGCGCGCCCCCCCCCCCCGCGUGCGACGAAGAUGGCGGCGCUGAGCAAAUCUAUCCCCCACGGCUGCUAUGAGAUCGGGCACACCUGGGACCCACGCUGCUCCUGGGCCGUCCUGCACGUCACCCAGGGCGCCCUGACAGAGUCUCUCCGCAUCUACGGCACCCUCUACCUGAUUGCAGCUAUUCUCAGGAAAAGAAAACUUGACUAUUAUUUGCACAAACUGCUGCCUGAGAUCUUGCAAUCAACUUCCUUUCUGACAGCAAAUGGGACGUUGUAUAUUGCUUGCUUUUGCAUUCUAAGGAAGCUACUUGGAAAAUUCUACUUUUGGUCUCCUGGAUUUGGUGCUGCUUUACCUGCUUCCUACAUGGCUAUUCUCAUCGAAAGGAAAAGCAGGAGAGGUCUCCUCACAAUUUACAUGGCCAAUCAAGCCGCAGAAACAUUGUUCCGAAUGGCAGUAGCAAGAGGAUCUAUUACACCUUUAAGACAUGGAGAAGUCCUUCUGUUCUGCAUCACGGCUGCUCUGUUCAUGUUCUUUUUCAGAUGCAAAGAUGGCUUGAAAGGAUUUACCUAUUCUGCACUAAAGUUCAUUGUAGGGAAAGAAGAAAUCCCCACUCAUUCAUUUUCACCUGAAGCAGCAUUUUCAAAAAUAGAUAGAAAGAUAAAGCAUUGUGAAAAAGUAUCACAGUCAAUGAACAUACUGUCUCUAACGAGAAAGCUCAUGGACAAAGUGUGCAAACAUGGCCCAAGGCAUAGAUGCUGUAAACACUAUGGAGAUAAUUGCAUCUCAUAUUGUAUUAAAGGCUUCAUUAGGAUGUUUAGCAUCGGUUACCUGAUCCAGUGUUGCCUUCGUAUUCCAUCCACAUUCCGGCAUCUGUUUACAGAACCAUCCCGGCUACUUUCCCUCUUCUACAACAAGGAAAAUUUCCAGCUUGGAGCUUUCCUGGGAUCUUUUGUCAGUAUAUACAAGGGUACUAGUUGCUUCCUGCGUUGGGUACGAAACCUAGAUGAUGAACUUCAUGCACUUGUAGCUGGGUGUCUAGCAGGAAUUUCUAUGAUGUUUUACAAAAGUACUACUAUCUCUAUGUAUCUGGCAUCCAAAUUAGUAGAGACUAUAUACUUCAAAGGCAUUGAAGCAGGGAAGGUUCCCUAUUUUCCUCAUGCCGACAGCAUCAUCUAUGCCAUUUCUACAUCAAUAUGCUUUCAGGCAGCUGUCAUGGAAGUUCAGAACCUGAGACCAUCGUACUGGAAAUUUCUUUUACGACUAACAAAGGGCAGGUUUGCUCUCAUGAACAGGAAAGUUUUAGAUGUAUUUGGUACAGAGGCAUCUAAGAACUUCAAGGAUUUCACACCUAAGCUCGACCCAAGAUACACUGUUGUACCACCAGAGCUUCCGCUGGAGCUGUCUUGAAAACGACAGUGUAUCUUGUCAUUGAAUGUGAUCAGCGUUUUGUCCUGAAGAGUUAAUUAACUUAACAGUCAUAUAUAUGGAGGAGGGCUUGGGCUCCACUUCAGUAUUAUUUCAACAAGAAAUGCUUUUUACCAAUCAAAAAUACUGAAGCUUUGCAGGAAGAUUUGGCUUAGUGAUUAAACCCAUUCCAUAAGGAGAAAAUAUUUCUGGAUUUCUGUAGUUGGGUGACAGUAUGGUAGAUUCCUGAAUGAAUUAAACAGAUGAGUAAUAUAUUUAGAGAAGUAAAACAUAAAUAUGCAUAAUAAUUUCAAAAAUUCUGUAGUUCAUACCAGUAGACUAUUUCUUGGUAAAACUAACAAAGGAAGACAAAUGGCAUAGUUUAGUUCCAAAAAUUUUACCUGAUCUUAAAACUAUUGCAGUCGGGUGAAAAUACCUCCUUGGCUUUCUAAAUUGUAGCACUGAUUUAUCUCAAAAGAGCAACCAUCCACUCAUUAUUUAAAAUCACAGUAUUUUUACUCAGCUAUAGUUGUAAAAUAAGGCAUUCCUUAGGAAAAGAAAAUGCAUAUUAAUUCAGAAAUCGCAUUCCAGGACUGUAAAUCCCACUGACGAUAUGGAUAACAGACAAGGAAAAUAAGGCCAUGGUACCGGUGACUGCUGCGCCGUGAGGAGCAGUGGGGUGUGGUGCUUAGUAUCUGCCAAGUGGAAAAUGACAAAACCAGCAGAGGAAGGAAUAAAACCUUCCAGCCUGUGAGAUGGUGCUGGAAACAGCAGACAGUUACAAAAAUAAAAAAGCCAAGAACAAAACAAAACAAAAAUCCCCUAAAAUAUACUGAAAUUCAAUGUUUAUUUUUAAAGGGUUUGACUCGGUCGCUUUAGAUGGCAUCGGAUUGUUUGUCAAGCUGCAACGCCAGCCAGCAUUUCAAGCAUUUCUUUAAAAGAGAGCUGACCCCUGGGGUUAGGCUGCUACAAGAGAACAGUUUGGGUGGUUGUAUUAAUAAUAUUUUUUUCCUUGUACUUGGUGAAGAGUGGUUUUCCAUCAGUCCAUCAGACAGCUACAUUCAGCUUAGUCUGGUACUCAAUGCAAGUAACCACCUACACAAAUUCCAUCUCAUUUUUAGCCUGCAUAUUUCUGCAGAUAAUAGUUUGUGUUCUACCUUGACAUGCUAAUUGCUUUUUUUGCUUUUGGGGGCUUUUUUUUAAUCACAGCCCAUUCAGGUGAUGCUGAAUGAUGUUCGUUACCCUAGAACUUAAUGAAAAGAGCAACUAUAUUCAUAUUCAACCAAAAAGAGACAAGGUAAGCCAGGGAAUGGAAAUUAUAGUAGGUUGCAUGUGUUUUAAACAUUAAAAAAGAAGAAGCAAACAGUGUUUUAUUGAAAGUCUUUGUCAGAUGAUACAAAUUGGAUUAAUUAAUAGAACCUUUGUCUUGUAACACUGUAAUCCUACCCCAGCCUUAAGCAUAUUUUAAUUCCCACUUGUUUAAUAUCUUAUUACCAAAUAUGCAGUAAAUUUUUGUCAUAUUUACAGAGAUGUCAUGAAAAUUGUACCAGUCUGUGCACAGAAUCUGCUCCUUCAUCAACUACUGUAACAGUAAUGUUUUUUCACUGUUACUAAAGGUGAUUUGUACUUCAAAACAGAGUUUGUCCAAGUUAAUGUGAAUAAAGUUCUGCAAGCUAGUUUGUAUGCAGUAUUUUAUUGCUUGAAAUAUUAUAUUAAAAUUCCUCAAAAGGAAAUAAAAGUUAAUUCAACAAGAACUAUAAAAGGAUUGUUAACAGGUUUGUAGUGUUUUUCCACUGGAAUAUAGUCUAAAAUAUUUGAUCUUGUAAAGUCUGAGAAGUUAUAUAUUUUAGGUAAUAUGUUAGAAUUCAUGCACUGUUAUGGAUACUUCCUAGUGUAACUGUAUUCCAUUCUCAAACUUCAAGAUAUUUUAUAGAUGGAUCAGGUGGUUUUUUUCACUGGAAUGACAAUUGUGAUUGUUUCUCUAUUUGAGUUUAAAAAAGUACUACAUCUCAGCAGCUAAAUGACAAUUUUGUCUAAUUUUUUCUUGCUUCCAAAAUUCACAGUCCCUGUUUCGAGUUAUUUUCAUGUAAUAUAAAAAGAAAUUAAAAGUUUUUAAAUUAUUUUUAUUCAAAUCAAUUAUAUGUAAAAGAAAAAAAAAAGUCCUAAUGUUUUUCCCAAUAAUAAAGAGUUGCUGCUUGAAAAAGUGACUCUUUGUCUAUGUUGUCAUUAAACCAUCUGGAGUCUUGAGUGAAGUAAUACUCAGUGGUGAAUGAACGCCAGGAAUGCACCUGAGCGUUCAAAUUGUAUAUACUUGUUAGAAAAUAAAGUCCUGAUACAGUGCAAGUGAAGAGGGAAUGCCAGCACAGUUCAGCUGACAGCUCCAGCUCUGCGCUUCCAUGGGUAAUUAUGCAAUAUGGGUUGACGUUAUUUAAUGUUUCUUUUUCGAACAGAGAAAGCCACAUAGCCAGUUAUGAAGGCACUGAAAAGCUGCACGCCUCCAGCUCUGCCUGCCUUGUGGCCGAGCGGUUGGGCCUCAUGAUGGAAACGGCAGCAUUUCCAACCACCUGGUGUGACACGGCUAUUUACUUCCUUAAUCCUAUGAUGUGUAUUUGAUUAUGUAGAACCGCCAGCAAAGGAAGUUGGUUUUCCAAAGAGGAAUACUUGCUCAGAGGAUCAUAGAAUCUUAGAAUCAUAGAAUCACCAGGUUGGAAAGGACCCAUUGGAUCAUCGAGUCCAACCAUUCCUAACACUCCCUUAGACCAUGUCCCUUAAACCAGGAUGAUUGGGAGAGGUGAGUCAACCUGAAAUACCACAGUUCUUUGAGAGGUUUGGGUGUCCGUAGGGAGGCUGCUGCGCAGAUCCCUGCAGGCAUCUUGUGAGAGUGCACCGAGAGCUGCUCUUUCACCAAUUCCUCCCAGGACUCGAGCAAAUAUAUUUUUAGUAGGCAAUUUUUUCACCUUUCUUUGAGGUAGUUUGCAUGCGGGCCUCAUCUAGGGAGUUAAUCGCCAUCCCUACAGUUUUUCCCACACCACCCUUGCUGUGCAUCUCGCUCUCCAUGGCUGUAGUCCCCAUCUUGCACCCAGACCUCCAUGCUCGCUGCAUCAGAUCCCCGCUUUUUGCUCCAGUUGCUCACCCAUCUUAGUUCUUCAUCCCUCUGCUACCUUUACCCAGCCCUGCGUCAGCUGUUUCUUGUCCUCCCUUCUGUCUUAGAAGCUCCAUUCAAAGCCUUUGUGUGCCUUUUUUCCCUUCUCUUCCAGAACCACUCCAUUGGGCACCCAAGGGAGUGCUGCUCCUACCUAAGGCAGCUGUUGGGCGUGGAUGUCCCUCUAUGCACCCCAGCUUUUGCUGUCACCCUUGGGUUUUCAUCCUCAGAGCUGCUUUAGAAGCAGCAGAAUUCAGCAGUCCAGAUGUAGUGUUUCCCCCUCCCAAUCCAAGACAUUGUGGCUGUGACCAAGCUUUGUGUGCAAAAUCCCAAAGUGAAGAUUGCAGUCAAUCUUUCAUCUUUCUUGAUACUCAUUAAUACUCUUUGCCUGUCAUCUUUCAGCUGAUUUUCACGCCAUAUGACAUUGCUCCCGUUGCAGACUCAUCGCUUAUUCCCAAUCCUUGUUGAAGGUGGUGAAGAUGUUGACGUCUGCCACUGAGAUCCACUCAAGGAGAGGAUUUUUAUUAUUUAUUUUUUACAAAGCCCAAGGCUGAGGGAUUUGCUGGGUUUGUGUGUGAUGGACACUUCCACCCUGGAAUGCUUGAAG